GAAGGUUCACAGACGGCUGAAGAUUUACUAGUCCGUCUUUUGUACCACAUCCAGAGCCCUCGACGUGGACAUGGGACUCAAGAGCAUCCAAGGAUUGGAGUACAGAAGAGUUAUUUGGUCACGAUAGAGUCAAGGAUGACAGCCCGACCCUCUUCCAAGCCACAAUGAACGAGACGGACCAGAUGGCCAUGACUGUGCUAUUCGACCCAGACAAACGAGAGCCCAACGUUGUGAGCGACAAGGACCCCGUCAAGCAUCUCAGAGUUUCCAACUACAAGAAACCCUCUCUGGUGGACUGUUCGGAAGACACCGCCAUCGAUCAUGAACUCAAGCUCCCAGGGGACUCAGCAAUACUCAUUGAGGUUAUUGAGAUCCCAGACGCCGACACACCUGCGUCAAAUGAGAAAAUGAAGCGAGAUAAUAUUUGCACUACAGAGGAUAUCAAGGAGAUUCAAACAGACCCAAGCUUUCAUGAAGUUACGCAUAUCGAGUCGGCACAGAAACCAGCUACGAUUCUAGAGUGCUGCCCCUAUAUCAGAAUGUCGACAACGCCGAUAGAACUUGCAGGACAACCACCUACGAUUACGGGACCCGAAUCUUAUGACAGGUUGUCGAUGACUCCGAUAGAGUCUGCAGCAGGGGCGAGCAAUAAAGAUGUUCAAAAUCCCUGCAUCGGUCCCGCACUUGAGGUUGCAGCCGGCCACCAGGCAAACAGUAGAGAUGCUUCCGAAAGAAGAGACACAGGUUUUUCAACACAACCCACACCUGAAAAGAAAACGCAAAUUGACCUGUUAGAGGUCUCAAUGGAUCCUGAAGUUCUAGUUGACGAAACGAGCGAGAGUUCUAGUUCACAUUUGUCACUACAGUCAGACGGAUAUACAACAACUCAAUUAUCUCAAAAUAGCUGGAGCUCAGUGUGCAGCCAGUCAGAGGAGUCUUCUGAAGCCUCCUUACGAAGCCAAAUAUCUUUUUCCAGCUUCGAAGACUUGUCUUCUCUAUCGUUGGUGACUGGAAUCAAUCGUAUCGGGGUCAUUUCUCAGAAUCAACCUGAGAUAUUACACGAGGAUUCACUAUCGCCACCAUCACCUGAGGCUCCACCACAUUACGAGAUGCCCUCUCAGCCGUCCGAAAUAGCUUACAUUGAUAAAGAUUCGCCUGAACUCAAAGGAUGGUGCCACGCUGUCUGGUUAGCCUUGCGAGCUUGGAAAAUACCGCCAGCUGGGAAUGAUAUUCAGGAGUGUGACAAUGAGGGUGAAGCAAGUAUGUCUGAAGCGGAGGGUUUACUUCAAGGCGAAUCUCAAGUCAUGAAAGACGGUGCAGACCCAUACCAUAUACCAUCGGAAAUCAAACGUCGAUCACACAUUGAGAAAGUAAAGCUUCCCCAAUCUCUGGGUCAUCGUCUGAGGGUCUUGGCAGACCGUGGAUCUAAUGUACUAGAUACAAUUUCACGCCUGUCCACAAGAGCGGCAACUAAGGCGGACUCAAGCGCACAGGAACCGGCUCCAGGUACGCAACGAACGAAGGCAGUGGAUCAAUGGCUCUUGAGAGAUUAUAGAGUUAGUAUCGCAACGGGGCAAAUUCCAUCCAGUCGGUUCAUAUGCUACUAUGAAGAACCCUUCACAGUCUACGACACCUCAGUGCCGCUGACACAUCCUGUUGGGGGCCAUGAAUCUGGAUUCAAAGUCGAGAGCGAUGACUACCCGAAUGAGAACUAUAAACCAUGUCAUUGCGAUAGUGAUGGCUUGUGCAAAGCCUGCUCCUCAACCGCGAAAGAACCUGUAUGCUCGGACGAACCUUUAACAUCAACUAGUACUGCCUCGGAUACUUGCAUCUACAAGCCAGCAAGGAUACCGCACAGUAACCCAUUUGGCCACUAUUAUGGCUGGUCGUGGGUGUGAAGAUGUUAUUAAACCAGGACCACUGUCUUGUCCCUAUAAGUAAGCAUUGCGCUAUAUACUGAAGUAGUGAGUGUUGGCUGUACUAUUAUAGC